UCACCGAAGAGUGCCGCUGUAUAAAUAUCCGAGGAGCACCUGAACGCAGCAGCUGCUGACAAGCGGAGCUGGCGGUUGAUGUCCGCGCAGUGACGAGUGACGACCAACGUCUCAGCAUGGACAGCCCCAAAGAGGCGGCCAUGCCCGCAGCACGCAUCUUCUCCCAGGUGGUGUUCACCGACCCCCCGCACUCCUACCCGCCCGUCAGCCCCGUCACCUGCAGCUACACCCACACACCCGCUUUCCAGCCGAGCCCCCGGGACUGGGUGGGCAUGUUUAAGGUGGGGUGGAGCACCACCAAGGACUACCACACCUUCGUGUGGGUGGAGUCUUGUCUGGAUGUGGUCGGGUCCGCCACCAGGCAGGCUGUUUUUAAAGAGUACUACCUGCCCAAGGAUGAGCUGGACUUCUACCAGUUCUGCUACGUCGACGGCGCCGGUCAGGUGUGCGGAGCCAGCACUUCUUUCUGUUUUAAAAACCCGGCGCAGCGAAGCCCGGAGAGCAUCGUGGAGGACGAGCUCAUGGUCGUCACCACGCAGGAGCAGGUCGAACGGAGUCUACGCGAGAAAGCCGAACUGCAGAGGGAGCUGGAUCGGAUCAGGGGGGAAAAUGAAACCUUGAAACAGGAGAGACGGCAACGGGACGGCGAGGAGGAGCAGCGGAAACGAAGCUCGGGGUUAGACGCGGCAUCCAGACAAAAGGAGCAGGCGCACGCCCAGGAGAAGUUGGACCGAGCCGAGGUGAAGAUCAACCUGCUGAAGGAGGAACGCGAGGAGCUGAGGGGGCGGGGCGCCACUCAGGGGGCGGAGGUCGCCACGUUAAAUUCCAAACUCAGACAACAAGAAAGGGAACUGUUCAAAAUGAAAGACGCCAUCCAGCUGCUUCAGGUUGACCUCCAGAGCCUUGAGAGGGAGAAGGAGCGGCUCCAAGCGGAGCUGCAGAGGUCGCAGAGCCUCGUGCGCGACAUGGUCGCCGUGAAGCGCGAGAACCCGGAGCAGCAGACCUGUCCGGACGACGACCUCAGGGCGGAGUGUCAGGCUCUCGCCCGCCAGCUGCAGGACGCUCAGAGGAAACUGGCGUCUGAGAGGGAGGAGUCCAGAAACGCCAAGAGACACGUGGAGUCUCUGGACGACGAGGUGCAGGACCUCAGGGAGCAGCUGGAGAAGGUGGCCUCCGCCUGUGAGCACGCAGAGCGCAUGAGCGCCAAACGGGAGCUGCAGCUCACGGAGUUGGACGAGACGAUCCGAGAGGUUCGCGAAGUGCUCGCAGAUAAAGGCGUUGUGAUCGAGGAGAAGGAACAAAUCGUCACCAUGGUGACGCGCGAGAAAGAAGCGCUGGUCAGAGAGAACCGGACGCUCGCCAGCGACAUGGAGAGGCUGCGCAGAGCGCUCGAAGACCUUCAAGUGUCUCCCGCCGCCGAGUCGCCUCGCCUGCAGCCGGACGGCAACACGCCCAGCAGGCAGCAGCAGCAGCAACAGCAACAGCAACAGCAACAGCAACAGCAGCAGCAACAGCAGCAACAGCAACAGCAACAGCAACAGCAACAGCAGCAACAGCAACAGCAACAGCAGCAGCAGCAACAGCAACAGCAACAGCAACAGCAUGUACCUGAAGAAGAGAUCAACCUGUAUGAGACCAUUGACAUCCUUGGAGACACAGAGGAAGAGCUGCUGGUGUGCCGUCACUGCAACGAGAGCUUCCCCUGCAUCACCCGAGACGAGCUGGAGCAGCACGAGCGGAGUCACCGCAUGUGCCCGUACUGCACGUUGAUCUGCGACAACAUGGAGCAGCUCGUGUACGAGGACCACGUCUACAGCCACGAGCUCAUAACUUUGCACUCUUCAGAGGAAACGGAUGAUCUCCUGGAACCAUGACCGGGUUGAAGUGAAGCUGUAACGCGUGAAUGUCUGGAAACGGUUCUGCUGAAGCAAUAAAAAAACAAAACAAGUGGUA